GAUAUAUUUUUGUUUGUAAAAUUCAUAAGCAAGUGGAAGUUAUUUUCUACUCCAAAGACAAAUACAUAUGACUUAUGGGACUUCACUGGUCUUUUGAUGAAUUCGAUAUCACGUUAGAUGAACGUGGCCUGUUUUCGGACGAGAAGGACCGAAAUGAACUUUGUUCGAUUUAGAGUUUAACCGAUAGAAAUGACCGACAGGGUUCCGUGUAGAGGAAAUGUACUGGGCAAAUUUAUGCCUGCCCGGUACAUUUUGGCAGUUUUGGGUUCAAUCGCAAUGGCCAUUGUUUACGGAUUGAAGGUGAAUUUAAGUGUUGCCAUGGUCGCUAUGUUAAAUCACACUGCAAUUAGUGCUGCUGGUGCUCAUAAUGUCACAUCAAACAUAGCAUCAAACUUGACAGAUGAGUGUGGCAGUGACGCUGAAUCGGGUCCACCCGAGGAUGGACCAUUCAAUUGGAGCGAACCAUUACAAGGAACAAUACUUAGCUGUUAUUUCUGGGGAUAUUUUGCAAGCCAAUUGCCAGGGGCAAGAGUCGCAGAGAAAUUCUCUGCCAAAUAUGUGAUGCUUUUCUCAGUGGCCAUCAAUGUUGUGUGCACCAUUCUAACGCCAGUGGCUGCUAAAUUUCAUUACAUUGCCAUGAUUUUUAUGCGUAUUGGAGAAGGUAUCGGUGGCGGUGUGACUUUCCCAGCCAUGCAUGUAAUGCUUGCUGCAUGGGCACCAACAACUGAACGAUCCACGAUGUCCGCUCUUGUAUAUGCGGGUACGUCGCUUGGAACAGUCAUGUCUAUGCUGUUAGCCGGUAUUCUGGCUGGAACACUUGGAUGGGAAUCAGUUUUUUAUGUGAUGGGUUUCGCAAGUGCAAUUUGGAUCGUCUUAUGGAUGUGGUUAGUACAAGAUACACCAUCAAAACAACCGCUCAUUUCCCAAGAAGAACGGAAUUAUAUCAAUUCAUCGUUAGGUAGUAAUGAACACGAAGAAGAGAAGCCACCGGUGCCAUGGCGCCGAGUCCUUACCUCUGCACCCUUCUUGGCCAUAUUGGUUGCCCACACUUGUUCAAAUUGGGGCUGGUACACAUUGCUCAUCGAAACCAGUUUUUAUUUCAAACAAGUCCUUCACUUCAACAUUAAAGAGAAUGCCGUCGUAUCUGCCAUUCCAUUUUUAACGAUGUGGCUCUUCUCGAUGCUCUUGUCCAAAACAUUGGAUGCGCUUCGGGCUCGUGGUAAAAUUUCCACAACAUUCGCCCGCAAAUUAAGUACACUUAUUGCAUCAGCCAUUCCUAUGGUCUGCUUGUUUGCACUGUGCUACAUUGGAUGCCGUCGAACAUUGGCAGUAUUUAUUAUGGGCAUUGGAAUUACAUCGAUUGGCGGUAUGUUCUGUGGCUUUUUGUCAAAUCACAUCGAUAUCGCACCGAAUUAUGCGGGAACUUUAAUGGCGAUAACCAACACUGCGGCGACGCUCCCUGGAAUAAUAAUGCCCAUUUUCGUUGGUGCUAUAACACAUGGAAAUCAAACAAUUGGCGCGUGGCGUGUCAUCUUCUUUGUAACAAUUGCACUGUACAUCAUUGAAAUUUUCGCGUAUACAUUCUUUGGAUCGGGCGAAGAACAGCCGUGGAAUAAGAAACAAGCUCGCGAACUGGUCUCAAUCGCUUCAACCAAAGCUGAAAAUACUCCACUCAAACAAAACGACAACCGAAACGAUUAAACGUCAACCCAUGACCAAGUUUUUAAUUUAAUGGUUUUAUAACCACACGUCGUCUAUUUAAUUGCGAAUUUCAGAAAAUUCGUUCUACCAAAAAAAAGAAGAAACAAAUACAUUGUCGUAACACACACACAGUCUCUCUGUUUACAAUAUCAAUGAUUUUGUUCAAUUUUGGCAGUCGUUGCAUUUAAUUUUAUUUUUGUUGAAAAUAGUUAGUGUCUGUCCAGCCAUGAGACAAAUUGUGCAUGUAUUUUUUUGUAAAAUAAAAUAAAAUUGAGUAUUUUCGUUUUAAAUAGGUAAA